AUGUGCUUAAACUUGUGAGUUAUUUGAAUUAUUUUCAGCACAUGUUAUGUAUGUCAGCUCACAUUUUUAUAUUAAUAAAAAUAAUAAAUAUAGCAAAAAAAGGGAGAAAAUUAAUUUAUCCUGAUGAGCCAAAGUCAUUCCUUUUUUGCUCUCCCCUUUCCCCCUUCUUGCUUUUUUCACAUCCAUUAGCUGUAUUGAUUUGUGCCGCCCUUUUCCAAAUAUCCAGCGUAUUACGCAACAAAAUGUGCUUUUUUUGGCUUGGGCUUAGUCACGCGAUUAUUUUCUGGUCAUGAGAUUAAAAUUUGAAUUUUAAAUUAGCAAUCAAUUUUUCAACAGAUGAAAUUUUUUGAUUUAAAAAAAACAACAACAAAAUGUUGUUUGCUCUCGUAAAAGAGCCCAUCUAGUUAUUUGUUUUUAGCGUACUUGUUGUUGGUUGCAGCAAAAAAUCUACUCAUUUUUUUAAUCCUCACCUCACAACAUGCAUUUUUCGUGUCAAAAUCUUUGUUGUCGUUUUCCUGAAACAAAGAGUGAUUUAUGUAAUACGAAACCCCUCUAUUUCGAAAUUUUUAUUUUAUUUUUUGUUCACAGAAAUAAUAAUGUGAAUACAUGUUCUUUUUCACUCACUCUCGCGAUUCUUUUCUAUGUAUGUAUUCAUUCACAAAUAUAUGUGUAUAACCCACAAAUUUCACCUGAAAACAGCAAAAAAAACAUUUAUAAAUUGAAAAAAAUUUGCAGGGGAUGUAUAAUUAGAAUGGGACGCCCGUCGAAAAAGAAAGAGAAAACGAAUCGUACAGGAAGUAUUUCAAGUGAGUUUUAUUUUUUUUUUUCAUUUUUCUUUUCUUCGAUUUUUAUUUUUCAAAAAAUUUUUUAUAGGUAAACGACAUUCCGCGUCACAAUCUUCACAUUAUCAUUCGGCAUCGCUUCCAGUAAACAAUAUAACUGAAAGUGAUAGUGGUGGCGGCGGAGGUGGUUAUAGUGGAAGGAUUGAAUCGUUGCCAAGAAAAAGCAUCCUGAAUCGUUUGCCUGAUUAUUUACGCAACACGGUCGAUUGGUUCAUCGGGUUAGUUGUUGGGGAAAACAGAAUGGUAGAGCACGUAACGCAUAGUAAUGUUGUUAAGGGAAUAUGGGACAAGCCGCGAGACAUACGUUAAAAUAAAAUAUGACAAUUAGAUAGUCAUGAUUUGAUUAUUCAUAACUUUUUGGAUCAACACGCAACGCAGACGCGUCGCAAUUCGAAGAACACAUAUUUUGCAGCGGCGCGCGUAACAAUAUUAUAAAAUUGUUUUCUUUGGAAUUCGCUGAAUUUGAGUUGAAAACGCAACGCAUAGCCUCGGUACAUCAACAAGAAUUUUGUGUCUGCUUUGCAUUGGGUCAUACUCCCGUAGAAACUGCAAUCAUCAUAUCCAUCACAUUUAUCAUUUUUCUGGAUGACGAAACACCACGUGACCCUCCAAACAAGAGCUCUUCACUUUUUUCUCAUAUCAAAGUGUAAAUUAUUUCCGGAUAUUGGUAAUUUCCAUUUUUAUUAUUGGGCCAAAACAUCGGAAGUGUUCUGUGUAUUCUUGAGUAAAUUGCCGAUGUCAUAAAACACCAGUUUUUUACAAUGUCAUAAAAAUUUGCAUGUUUUUCAAAUUGACGUUGUCUCUGUCUGUUGUUGUUAUUUUGACUUACAUUUAGAUUUUUGUUCGAAUCAAUAUCCUCCAUAUUUACAAUAAAAAUCAUCAAUUAAACCCCAACUAGUUAUUUGGCUAGGUUUGUGACAUUUUGAGCAGGUGGCAUUGAGCAUUAAUUUGAUGACAAAUCUAUCCGACCUUUUUGCUGUCUCGUUAAUGCUCAUAAUUAUGUGCAUACUGAAGAUACAUACCCUCGUGGGAAAUCUAUCGGAUUUCAUUUUUCUUGCUCUUGCUGUUUUGUUGUGUUUUUUUUUUGAAAAACAAAAAGUCUCAUGAUUUUUUGUCUCGAAAAAAGAAUCUUUCUAGGUAUUAGUUUUUUUUCUAGUUGGGAGGACAAACUUCUUUUUUGUUUUUUUUUUUCAGAAAAGCUAAUAUGAACUUCCUGGUGUCGUUUUAUAUAUUUGAAAAAAAACUUCCCACUCUCAUCAAGAACCGCUAUAUGAAAAUGUUUUUCUAAAAUAUAAUUCCUUCCCACUUCAGUUGAGUUAAACCCUUCCAGUUUUAACCUCCAGAAAAAAUGUUGCGGCAUCAGGAAAAAAUAACAAAUAAAACGUGGGAUGACCUUGUCAUAGAUUAAUGUUUACAAGAUGACAGGCGGCUUACUUAUCCAUCCUUGUUCUUAUUCUUCUUUUCCUUCUAUUUUUCUUGUUCCUCAAUCAAUUAUAAUUUUUCUUUUCCUAUUCCAUUUGAAUGAAAUACCGGUUUCUUCGAUUUCUCGACCAAAUUAUGCGCAAUAAUAAUGAGAAUAAAAAGUUUUUGGAAGGUCAGUGGCACGAGAAUUUUCUUCGUGUGUGUGUCUUUUUCGAAAUCUUUUUAAUAUGCGUAAAAAUUGUGUUACGGGAAAGUGAAAUUUUUGGGUGAUUCGAAAUUAUCAUAAUGUUCUGACAUUCCAAUAAUAAUUGUUUCUUUUUCCAUUUUCAAAUUGAUUUUUUCUAUUCAUUUCUUUUAUUUUUAGUUAUUCUUAUCAAUUUUCUCCCAAAUUAUCAUUGAGCUUUUUAUUGUUAUUAUUAUACAGCUGACUUUUCAUUGAAACUGGUUUCUCCACAAAAAAAAACUAUUUUUCUUCUUCUUCGUUUUUUAUUUAGAAUCUGUAGAAUAGAAUAGAAUUAGAUUAUAUUCAUUUUUGGUUAUUCACAAAAAAAACCUAACCCGAUUACUGAAAAUUGUUGCAAUUGAUUUUCCCAUGAACAGUUUUUUUCGUCAUUUAUAAUUAGUUAGUUUUUUUGGGUGACCUGGUUUUUUCUGUCGCAUUUUUGCAUGUAUUGUAUUACGAAAAUUUUGGCUUGGCAGCAGCUGGGUUGGUUGCAAAUGAAAAAACACGCAUGAAUAAUGCGAUAUGAGUCAUUUAUGCGUAAGAGGUUUGCAACGUACAUGUAAAUUUCCUUUUAUGAGAAGCCGACGGGUUUUUCGUGUUGUAAAAUUUUUUUUUGCUAAGUUUAUAGAGUUUCAAAAUUCUCACACCUUCCAAUACAACUUUUUCAUUGCGAAAAAUUUCAUCACAUUUUUUGUUGGUUCCCAUGAAGUAUGAUCGCUCGUAUUGUUCAAAAUUUAUAAGGCCCUGGGAAAAUUAGGAUUUUUUUGGAGAGCGUUUUUUUUGAAGAUGAAAAAAAGGUUCAAGAUUUUUCAGAUCAGUGAUUUUCAAAAAAUAUGUAGUUAGUUUGUUUUUCUAAUCUGUCUUUCUCAGAAAAUCUAAAAUUUGAAUAGUCUUAAUAUCUUCGCAAUUAGUUUUAUAUUUAAUUAAUUAGAACCCUCAAAUUUGAUUCAAAGUAUAGUUUUUAUUUUCUUAUCAAGCAGGUCUUAAUUUCCGAUAAUAGAAACCUGUAAACAAUUUUUUCUAAAACUGUCAAAAUUUUCCCAGAGACGUUUUCAUUUUUUCUUCUUCAGAACAUCAACAUAUUUUUCCAGAAAAAAUUGAGAAAUCUAAAAAUAACUAACAACUGCUCUCCAGAAGAAAAAAAAACACAAGAAGUUUUUUGCUUUUCUCUUUCUGAAAAAAAAGCAAUCAUUUCUCAAAGAUUCUCAAAAGUUCUUCAUUCAAUUCAUCCACCAUUUUUCUGACUCUGGGUUUACGUUCAAUUUAUUUGAAAAAAAACCUUGGUCCACCUGGUCGCACCAUAUGAUGACCGAUGGUUUUUUCUAGUAAAUUUAUUAUAUGUAUAAUAUAUAUGAUCGAUCAAGGUCAAAUUGCAAUCGCAUUUUUUUCUUAGUCAAGUUAGCCAAAGUUCGAGUAACUUUUUUAUAGAAAAUUGUUUUUUUCGGUUUCACCCGAAAAAAUUCUUCACUUAUCGCGAUUUUUGAUCAUGAUUGUUUUGCAUACACAAAAAUUCCUAUCUUUUUUUCUUCCUUCCUUUUUUAUUCAAAUUCAAAUAUACCUGUCUUCAUUUAUUUAUCGUCGCAUCUUUCCUUGGCGCCAUUUUUUUUUUCAAAAAAACAUUUCAUUCAAAUCUUUGGCCAACGAAAGUUGUUUGUCCAGGAAAUUUUGAACUAGAAAAAGGAGACGUGUAUUUAAUGUUCAUUCAAAAAAACGUCAUUUCAUGAUAACAUUCACGAAAUGAUAACAAAGUUUUUUCUUGUGGUUUUUUCUGCUCGAACCAGCCUAGCGAGGGAAAAAGAGCAUUUCUUAGUUGUGUCAACAUUUGAGCUCCUAACAAUAGAAGAAGAAAAGAAAAAGAAGAGAAACCUAAUACUUUCUGACUACUUGUAGUAAAUAUAGUGUGCUCUACUCUUAAAUAUAGUUGGCUCCAAAAAACAUUUGUAGUUUUCUUGCUUUUUAGAACUUUGAAAUUGAAAAAAAUCACAACUAACUCCAAAAAUAAAUGAAGAAUAAACAAAGACUCAUCAUUUAUAUAUAUAUUUUUUUGUGCACUUCUCUUUCUCUAUUGCUGUUGCUCUCUUGCUCUUUUUUUCAUCCCGAAAAAUGUUCCGGCAUACACUUUUUUUGCGUUCGGGAGAAAACGAAAGUGUGCGUCUUUGAAACACUUGCGGAGCUUUUUCUCUACUGAUGGCUGGCUUUUGAUUUAUUACAUUUUUUAUCCGUAAAAUUCAAUCUGAUUGGAUUUUUCAUUUUAGUUUAGUGAUUUGAUUGAGAUUCCACUGAUAUAAGGAGCUUCUUUAAUUUUUUUUUUUUACAUUUUUUCCAGAAUAUUGAAUUUCCUGAACUUUUUGAAACUUGAUUUUUCAUAUUUUUACCUUGAAUAUUCCUGGGAAAUUCUCCCCACAGAGUAAGCCUACAAAAAAAACUAGACUUCCUAAAACUUUCACAAAAUUCGAAAAAAAAUCGUUUUUUUUUUUAUUCACAUUUUUUUUGGCCGAAAACCGGCUUUUGACCAUACCAUAGCGCGAUUUCCUCAUUUUUUAUUGAAAUGAAGUUUUCGAAAUGUCGUCAUUUUUGAAAAAAAAAAUGAUUUUUUUGUUUCACUAUCAUCUGUUCACUUUCUGGAAAUGUUUUUCUUGAUCUCAAAUAUUUUUCGAUCACGUGACCCUUGAUUGUUUUAUCUGUUUCAAAAAUGUUCUACAUAGGAACUAUUUACCUUUCGUUCAAAAAUCACUUAUCAUCUUUACAAUCAGUCCAGCUUACCUAUUUUCACAUACUUAAAAAUUCAAAUUAUUGUGUUUUGAUUUUCCCACACCUUGUUUUUAUGUGCUUCCUAUAUAGUUUUUAUUACCUCGCUUUUAUGAUGAUAAUAAUUAUCAUUUUCCCAUCUUCUUUUGCUAUCUUUUAAGGAAAUACUUUAUUGCUCUGUUUUGUAUAUAAUCGUAUACGUGUGCUCCUUUGCUCUUUUGAUAUUGUGAAAUUUAGAAAUUUUGGAGAAAUAUCAUGUCAGUUGUACCUGAACGCCGUCAACAAUCACAUAUUGCACGUCACGCAUCAGUUGAUCUCGAUGAGGCACCCGGAUGUUGUCCAGCAAAAAUUUUGAUCUCCAAUAUUUUGAGUUUUGCCACGUAUGUUUUUAUUUUUUCCUACAGAAAACAUUUUAAAAAAUCGAUUCGUUUCUCGAAAAGGAAGCAGAAGACAAAUCAAAAUCGAAAUCAAAAACCAAUUUUGUUCAAGAAAAAAAAUCAUAUCAUCAUUUUUUGUCGGCCUUCUUCCUUCGCUAUGAAAAACAUGUAAUUUCCCCUACCUGUCUAUUAGUGAAAACAGGUUUUUCUUUCUGGUAAAGACAAUUUUCAGUUGUGUACAAAUUCUGGAUGUUUUUGUACAACAAAAAAAUUGUUUUUUUUUCGAUGUAAAUCGAAAAAAAGAGGUGUGAGAAAAAACUCCAUCCACUUUUUUUUAUUGAAUAAAAUAGAAUAAAAUGAAAAAAUUGUGCACUAAUGGAAUUUUGUUCACUUGCUGGCCGAUGAAAAUUGUCUCCCCUUCUCCCCCUAUAAGGAAAUGUUUUAUCAUUAUUAUUAUUAUUUUUAUUAUGCAAAUAUGGGCGCACCUAGAAGGCCCACCCUAUAGAAUUUUAUGAAUGUUUACCCACAAUUGAUAUUUUUUGAAAUUUUUUCGAUUUUUUCUGUACAUUUUCGAAAAAUAGGUCUACCAUGUGCAUAUUUGUUCAAGAUGACAAGGUCUUUCGCACAGUUCAUUGUUGUUUUAUAUACAUUUGGUUUAGUUUUUUUGCCUCGUUUUUUCUUAAAAGAAGAAUUGAUUUUCUUUCGCCUCCUUUUUGCCUGCUUCACACAGUAUUCUUCAUCUAUAUAUAUAUAUAUAUUUGUACAUAUAUGUAAUGUAUGUAUGAUGUAUAAAACGUAUGUACAUUUCAUAUCAUGAAUACAUAAUUGUUUAUUUCAAUGACUUCCGUUUUGCAUUUUGCCUAGCCCCUUCUGUUAUUUCUGCUAGUUUUUUUGUUUCUUCUUUAAGAUUUGAACAAAUAGUUGCAAUUUUGUCUGGUUAGGAUCGUUUUUUUUGGAUUUGGGUUCGGUAAAAUUUGGAAAUUUCGAAAAAGUCUAGUACUGAUACUACCAGCUCAGAUUUCUAAGCUUACGAAAAUUUUCAGAGGAAAAUUCUCUAUGAUAGUCUGAUCCUGAUCAAAAAGUUCCAGAUUUUGCGAUCUUUAAUUUGUAAACUUUGAGUAUUUUGAAACAUUCCUGGUCCUUGUGAUUUGGACGUGAAAUUAUAAAAUUCUGGUUUCCUGAGAGGUGUUUUCAAGUUCUCUGAAUUUGAAAAAAAACCAGUCAUUAAUUCUGUGAAUAUUUAGAUUUUAAUUAAAAUAUGCAGAUCAAUCUCUUUACACCUGCUUGCUCACGAGGCUUAUCAGUUUUUCGAAAAAUUAUUUUUCAAAUUUCUUCAGAAAUUUCAAGAUAUAUCAUGAAAUUUCAUUUUCAGAUCAUAGUUCAUCUGAAAAAACGCGUUUUUCCUGAAACCAUACGUCAUUCUCAAAAUGUUCCGAAAAAUAUUUUAUUUCCGAUUUUCUCUUCAAUUCCAUUCAAAAAAAAUCCGUCAUUUUAUGACGAUAAAAUUGUAUUGUGUAUAGUACAGCGGAGUACUGUAGUUUUUUUCAUUUCCUAUUUUUUUGAGGAAAAAAAACAUAUUUUCUCAUUUUUCCGAUGCAAGAAAAAUGUUACAAAAUUAAUAUAAUUUUCCUGGGAAAAAUUGAAAUUUCACAAAAAUUGCACACACACACACACACAAAAGAGCUCGUCAUUUAUUUGUUUUUGUAUGAAUCGAAAAAAGAGAGAGAUAGAUGGCAAGUUGAUUUCAGUGGGAGCCUCUAUUGUGUAUGUGUGUAUUUGUGAUUUUUUUCUCGCUCGAUUUGACUCACUCCCUUCCCGCCCUUUUUCUUCACCAGGUGUUUUUGAAUAUGUUAAUCUUGUUCUCAUAAAUUCGAUUUUCAAGAACAAAUAUAAGUUUUUUUUCUUCAUUUUCUCUUGUGUUAUUAAAAAAUAUGGAAAUAAUAAUAUUCUAUCGGAAAGAGAACAACAUUGUUCUUUCUUUUUCUUUUUUCUCUCUUCCAAUUUUUCUCGUUAUUAUUAUUAUUAUUGUUUUCAUUUUUUAGAGUAAUUAAAUCGAUCUUUAAUGUGAAAUGUCGAAUGAUGUUGAAGAACAUCAGGAAAAUACUGGUAGAUCAAUUCGAUCAAUGUUUGGUGAUUGGCGCCAAUUAUUUGAUAGUUGUAGUUUUAUAAGACGAAAAAAUCGAAGGUUUUUUGGGCGGGAAACAAAUGUUUGGGGAGGCCAUCAAACGUUUAUCAUUAAUUGAAUAAUGUUUGGAUUUUUCAGCCGGUCGCGUCAGCGAAAACAAGAACAACGCGGCGGCGCCAAUCCAACGACCACCGAACGCAUCUCGAAACGUGUCGCAUCGGCUUCUUAUGCAAUUCGUCCGCAACCAAAAUCGCCCGACUCAAUUUGUGUAUGCGAUUCGAUUGAUGACAAGGUAAAUGAUUUUCGAUGUUUUGCCCAAAAAAAAAAUCGGCUAGUCACGCGGAAAUAAUUGAAUUCAAUUAACAGCUGGUUUCCUUUUCUUUUUUUUUUUGAAAAACAUGAAGAAAAAAUUUUCAGAUGGUUGCAAAGAUUACCGAACAACCACACGGGAUCGAACAACGCGAGUGGAUUGCUCAUAAUAUACUUGGCAUGUUUGACCAUGUGAAUGCAUUGUGCGGAACUGUGACGGAGAUUUGUACACCAGUCACUUGUCAGCAUAUGAGCUUUCCUGGAACAAGGUAUUGUUUAGUUUGGGGUUUUAUGGUUUGAAUCUUAAGUUAGGGAUUCUUAGAACGCUACUCUCAAAGUUCUCUGGAAAAAUGUUUGAGUUUUUAAAUUAGAAUCAGUGGUUCAAUAACUUUCUCAACCCAAAUGUUAUUUUUCCUAAAUUCAAUAUUUUUCAAUUUCUAGAUUCAUUUCUUUAACUAUGUGUUUUUUUUCAGCAAAGCAAGUUAUCAAGACGAUCGUGGAAAACGUCAAUUCUAUCCAGCUAUGCAAUAUAUUGAUUGUGUUAUGUCACAAUGCGAAACAAUGAGUCGUCAAGAAGACAUUUUCCCAACUAAAUAUGGCAACAAAUUCAACGAUAAUUUCGAGCCAUCGGUCAAAAAAAUGUUGCGAAACUUAUGGCAUUGCAUGGGACACUUGUAUACUAAUCAUUGGGAUCAACUAGGUUUGCUGCAACUUCGUCCACAAUGCGCUAUGGUUUUUGCGCAUAUUGCUGAAGUUGGAAGAACUUAUAAUUUGUUGGAUCCGAAAGAUCAACAUAAUGUUGAUGCAACAGUUAUUUUGGUGAGUUUUUUUGAAAGACGGGUCGCACGGAGAUUUAGAAGAGGGCUUUUAUAGUUGAACAUGCAGACUUUGAACCUAGCACAAAAAUUAGUAUUAAUUGAAAAAUAUUGAAAUUGCAUUUCAAAAAGUUUUCAGGAAAACUAUCUUCUUCCAUAAAAAAACCAAGAAUCUACAGUACCCUAUUCCAGCUGCCUAAGUACCUGAAACUUUUUAUAUACUUGUUUUUCUUUCUUCAAAAAAUGUCAUCAUUUCUCUGAACAGAUGUUUUGUCUCGACUCAGACUGGCACUGAGAAAAGGGCAGCUGUAAAAUUCUGAUCAGAUAUUUUAUUUUAUUAUCUGAACAUUGAGAAAAAAAUAUGAUUUUUUGCAGGUUCGCCCAAUUCUCACAAUAAUGUCAAUGAAUUCCUCGCUAGCUGAUGAUGGAAACCAGAAUUCGGGUGAAAAUCAACGUGCCGUUCGUGUUCCAAACUCGAAAAGUGGAAGUUGGGGAGGAUAUCCAUCGCCAGCGGUUCUCACAUGUAAACCAUACGCUCAAACGUGUUAG